CCUCUGUAUUCCCAGGACUGUCCAGAGGAGAAGCUCCCGGAGAACCCUCAGAUGAAAAAUCAGGGGGAAGAUCUGACUGAUAUUAAAGUGGAGGAUGAAGAAGAGCGGAUGAUGGUUGAUCCCCCGUGUAACAGUGAGGUGGAGGAGGACAUUCCAGGAGAUGUUACCACAGAAAACCCUAAUUCUGAUGGAAUGUUCAUGUUAUCACUAAAUAAUGAAGCAGAAGAUGAAGAUAUCAUGCAGCACUUUUCAGGAGAAAACCUAAUUUCCCUUAAUGUACAUCCAGGACUUAACAGUACAGAUCUAUCAUAUAAUCCCCCUAAUGAUGAGGGACCUUCUCCUGACCAAUCACAGAUUGUUACCACAAGUGCAGAUCAGAAAGGGGGUGAAAGAUUGCUCUGUAGUAAACCGUUCUCAUGGGAGAAACCAUACUCCUGUUCAGAAUGUGGAAAAUGUUUCGCGAAGGAAUCACAUCUUGUUACACAUGAGAGAAGUCACACAGGGGAGAAACCGUAUUCAUGUUCAGAAUGUGGGAAAUGUUUUACAGAUAAAUCAAAUCUUGUUAGACAUCAGAGAAAUCACACAGGAGAGAAACCGUAUUCAUGUUCAGAAUGUGGGAAAUGUUUUGCACAAAAAUCACAUCUUGUUAACCAUGAGCGAACUCACACAGGAGUGAAGCCAUAUUCAUGUUCAGAAUGUGGGAAAUGUUUUCCACAAAAAUCAAGUCUUAUUAUACAUGAGAAAAGUCACACAGAAGAGAAGCCAUAUUUAUGUUCUGAAUGUGGAAAAUAUUUUAGAGUUAAAUCAAAUCUUGUUAGACAUCAGAGAAAUCACACAGGAGAGAAACCAUAUUCAUGUUCAGAAUGUGGGAAAUGUUUUGCACAAAAAUCACAUCUUGUUAACCAUGAGCGAACUCACACAGGAGUGAAGCCAUAUUCAUGUUCAGAAUGUGGGAAAUGUUUUGCACAAAUAUCAAGUCUUAUUAUACAUGAGAAAAGUCACACAGAAGAAAAGCCAUAUUCAUGUUCUGAAUGUGGUAAAUGUUUUAGAAUUAAAUCAAAUCUUGUUACACAUCAGAGAAUUCACACAGGAGAGAGGCUGUAUUCAUGUUCAAUGUGUGGCAAAUGUUUUACACAAAAAUCAGUUCUUGUUAUACACGAGAGAUGUCACACAGGAGACAAAUCAUAUUCAUGUUCACAAUGUGGGAAGUGCUUUUCAGAGAAAUCAAGUCUCGUUAGACAUGAGAGAAGUCACACAGGAGAGAAAUUAUAUUCAUGUUUACAAUGUGCGAAGUGCUUUUCAGAGAAAUCAAGUCUCGUUAGACAUGAGAGAAGUCACACAGGAGAGAAACCAUUUUGACAUAUUUUAUUGAUCUCUCCAGUCAUUAUGAAAAAUACAAACAUUCCUCGGACCUGUUCAAGAAAGAUGGUUUUGUUAAUACUUGCGCAACCGUGCACCACUCAUGCUACCAUUCUUGCUGCACUUGCACAGGCUGUGUGCUCUUCUGCUUGGGUCCCAAGCAGUGUUCCCUCUAAGUUGCGUGGGUGAGCCUCACCCUGCUUGCAAAAAAUGCCCACACUUGCUCACACUUAUGAUGAGUCUGACUUCUUCAAAACUUCCUCCUGUGCGGCUCAGCGGGGCGCCGCCUACCGCAUAUUCCUGCGCUACUGCUGCCUCCUCCUUUCCUCCUGACCGAAGAGGAGGAGCAGCAGUGCACAGGGAGAGGUAACAUGGGAGUGGCGUUGGCGGCAGCACCAUCUUAGAAGCUAGAAUCCAUCCUGAGACUGAGAGCUUCCUGCUGCGCCUGCUACAUAAGUAUGCUGGGGACAGACCUGGAGGGCAUGCUGCUGCAGAACACAAGGGGUGAAAUCACUGGCAGGAACACACCAUCCCAUCCCAAUGAUAGACUAUCACUGGGAUGGUGUGUUCCUGCCAGUGGUUUCACCCCUUGUGCUCUGCAGCAGCAUGCCCUCCACCUAUAUACAGCCCACAACUAUAUACUGCCUAUAUCUAUAUACAGCCUA